CAAACUAAAGCCACAGCUUCAAAUGAGAGAGGACUUUUACAUGAAGGAACACUGGAAUACCUAAAGACUGCCACAUCUGCCUGCUGCAGAUACAGAAUUUCAACUUCAGGAAAGCCACAACCAAAAGUGAAACGAGAAGCUGAUCCUGCACAGCUCUGCCUCAGGAACAUCGAAGACUUGCUAAAUGAAGCUUUCUGGCAGGAGAUGCGUUGCUUGCUGACGACUCAGAGCCAGAACUGCUACCGGGAGCAGAUUCAGAAGGAGAUGUUGGCACGUUUGGCCUGGAAGAGCCGCUACGCCAAGCUCUACCCGUCCUGUUACAAUCCCCGAAACAACAGCACAGAGUCCACACAGCUGCCCCAGCUGCCUGCUGACCCCCGGGCUGUUCUGCCCUCUGUUACCAGGACACCUGGAAAGAAGAGCAACCUUCCUCCUCCUCCUCCUCGUCCACUUCCUCCCCCUGUGCUGUCUGUGGAAGGGGAGGGGCGGCUCAGUGUGACCCCCACAAUGAGGCCAGUUUCUCCCCGGACCAGACAGGCCCUCUAUCAGGACUCCUCUCACCAUGGGAAAGGCCGGAGCGUGUAUCUGCAGAGACGUGGCCAGAUGAGACCUGAGGAGAAGUUUGAUUUUCCUCUGCUCUCGUCCUGGGAGUACGGUUGGAGGCUGGGUGACUACACUAUGGAUUACAGAACUCCGACCCGUGCCAGAUCGUCGGUGGUGAAAAACACCUUCUACGCCAGGAACGGUGUGUUCAGCAGCCCAUCAGCCACUGACAUACUGGGCUGAAGUUCAGCCAUCAGACACCAGAGAUCGCUCUUUAAUGAGAGUUUACAGCAGCUAACAUGCUGAUGAACAACAUUCCUGUUUGUUUGAAGGCACAGAUUUUUGUUUAAAUGGUCAAAGAUGGCCAGCAUUGUUGUUUUGCCUGGCUUCCUGAGUUUUAUGAGAUUAAUAAUUUUGUGUUUGUUUUAUUUAAUUCUGAAUUUCUGCACAAAAACACUAGUGUCAGGUGUUUAGAGAGCUGCCAUGAGUCAGAUAUAACACAUGUGGAAGUGCAUCAAACAUGUAUGAUGGAGUUAGAUGAUCUGUCUGCUCAGGUUCCUUGUGGGACUGAUGAUGAGCAGGGAAAAAAAAAGCCAAUGCAGCAGAUAAAUCCGUUGACUUCCUGUAACACUCUGUUUAUCAUCCACGCAGCUGUAAGGUCAAGUGUCUCUUCAGUCGAUACUGUGUGAUGGAUAAUUAAUAAACUCCUGGUCUGGUUUCAGUCAGAAAGAGUCAGUUCAGCUCUACACACCUGAUACCUCAGUGUUUUCAAACAGUGAGCCACUGGAGGAAAUGUUACACACCACAACAAUAAAUAAUUUAUUACUUAGUCAUAAUGAAUCCAUCUAACUUCCACCAUGUAGUUAAGUUUUUUUUACUGUUGUAUACAUGUGUAAAUGUUUUUAGUAUUUAAACUAUUUAAUGUUUAACCAGAAAAACAGUGUUCUGAAACAUCUAUUAAAUGUUGACAUACUGUUAGUAAACAGGGGGAAUUAGGUAAUUGUUUCUAGCUACUUAUUUAGUACAGACCUGUGCAAAGUGAAACGUCUCACAAUGAUUAGCUGUGGUCAAUAAUUAUAGUCAAUGAUAUCAAAACUGUAGAAACUUGAAGUUUAUUGAGAAAACAGGAUACAAGAGUUUAAAAUGAAGUGUGUUUCUUCUGUGCUUAUAACUGAACAAACUCAUACUGGAGACCAGAGAGUUAAAGUGUGUGAAACACAUGUAUGUCAGUCAAACAUGAAAAUUUUUUGAAGCUGGGACAAUUUGUUUAUAUUUUAAUUACAGAUUGUGCCUUUAAAAUGUACUGAAAGAGUGAAUAAAGUGAAUAAAGCUUG